ACUUGGUGGGCAUCUGUGUUCACGUGAAGCUCAGCUUCAAGUCGAUGUUCUCCAGUAUAUCAAGGUGGCCGAGGGGCCGUGCGACCUCACCCAGCCGCCAUGUCCACCCCCCUCAUCCUCCCACCUGGCAUCAGCAAGGACAAGUUCGCAGCCUACCUCGACGCGGCGCGCGCCGCGGUUGGCGCCGACAACGUCGAGGUCAUCACGGGCCCUCACCAGUUCACCAAAGAUGACUAUAUGGACCCUGCGAAGGAGCACGACAUGUAUCCCGUCUUCGACAAGGACUACUUCGUCUCCUCGGCCGUCGUGUGCCCGCGCAAUGUGCAGGAGGUGCAGGCGCUCAUGCGCAUCAGCAACGAGCACAAGGUCCCGGUGUGGCCGUUCUCGAUCGGCCGCAACAUUGGUUAUGGCGGGGCGGCGCCGCGUGUCCCCGGCUCGGUCGGCAUCGACAUGGGGCGCCACAUGAACCGCGUCCUCGAAGUCAACGAGGCCGACGCAUACUGCCUCCUCGAGCCCGGCGUAACUUUCCAGGGGCUGUACGACCACCUCGUCGCCAACGGCCUCGAGGACAAGCUUUGGAUCGACGUGCCGGACCUCGGCGGCGGCAGUGUCAUCGGGAACACUAUCGAGCGCGGAGUCGGGUACUCCCCGUACGGCGACCACUUCAUGAUGCACUGCGGCAUGGAGAUCGUGCUCCCCAACGGCGAGCUCGUGCGUACCGGCAUGGGUGCGCUCCCAGAGCCGGGGGCAACAGGCGCGCCCGACCAGCAGCAGCCCAAUAGAUGCUGGCAGCUGUUCAAUUACGGUUUUGGGCCAUACCACGACGGCAUCUUCUCGCAGAGCAACUACGGAAUUGUGACAAAGAUGGGGCUCUGGCUCAUGCCCAACCCUGGCGGAUACCAGGCGUACUCGAUCACGUUUGAGCGCGAGCAGGACCUGCCAGCGAUCGUCGAGACGAUCCGCCAGCUCCGCAUAACUAUGGUCAUCCAGAACGUCGCGACGAUCCGUUCUCUGCUUCUCGACGCCGCGGUGCUGGGAGACAAGCAGUCCUUCUUUCCGGGCGUAACGCGCCCACUGAACGACACCGAGCUCGACGAGAUUCAAUCCAAGCUUGGGCUCGGCCGCUGGAUUUUCUACGGCGCGCUCUACGGCCCGCAGCCUGUGCGCGACGCUCUGUGGGGUGCGAUCCACGGCGCCUUCUCCCAGAUCCCCGGCGCCAAGUUCUUCCUUCACGAAGACGACAAGCGCUCCCCCGGCGUGCUUGAUAUCCGGGCGAAGACGAUGCGCGGCGUGCCGACGUUCGACGAGCUCAAGUGGGUCGACUGGGUGCCGAACGGUGCGCACUUCUUCUUCUCGCCCAUCGCCGAGGUGCGCGGCGAAGCCGCCACACGGCAGUUCCAGAUCACGAAAAAGCGCCUACUCGAGCACGGCUUCGACGUCAUCGUCGACUUUAUCAUCGGGAUGCGCGAGAUGCACCACAUCGUGUGUGUGGUGUACGACCGCACGCGGCCGGAGGAGCGGGCGCGCGCGCUCACCGUCGUGCGCCAGCUGAUCGACGAAUGCGCCGCCAACGGGUGGGGCGAGUACCGUACACACCUCGCCCUCAUGGACCAAAUUGCUGGCACGUACUCGUUCAACGACGGUGCGCUCAUGCGGCUUUCGGAGCGCAUCAAGGAUACCCUCGACCCGAAUGGGAUUCUCGCGCCGGGCAAGAAUGGCGUCUGGCCCCGCGGAUACGAUAAGGAUAAGUGGCAGCUUGGCGCGGGAUCCGAGGUCACACGACAGAGUAUUCCCAAGCAUCCUGGGCCCGAGGGCAAGCUGUAGACCCUGUGUUCGGAGUGAGAUGGGCAGUGUAUGCAUCAGAAGUUUUUGG